GCAGUGGGGCGGUGACACUGCUACGUAACAACCAUUAUAGUGGCAGAUAAGGCUUUAAUAUCGUUUAUGCAGCAUAUUAUUACACUUAUCAUUUUAAAAAGUAUUUCGAAGUUACAGAAUCCGGUUAAACUGUGUGUUCGUUUCUGUCGCCAUGUUGUGUUUGCGCAAAGGAUUCUGGGAGCUUUGUGAAUCUCGAGGAUACUCUGAAGCAUCCUUGGAAAUUCACGGAUCGGGGGAAUGCUAAGCUAAGUACUUGGAAGGAUCUUCGGUAUUAUAAAAGUCCUUUGGGUGAGAUUUGGCGACGGAUGUUCGUGGAGACGCGCCCGCUGGUUGUCGGGACCAGCAGAGCUUUCAGUGUCCGCACGGAGCAGUGAUGCUGCUGGCUAACCAUUUAGCGUUAUGAGGAAAAAGCGACUGAACAUGAAUACUCGAUGUUGAAGAAAUAAAACGAAACCGGGAAAGACGACGACAGAAAACGGAGAUAAACAUCAGUUUGUCCUUUUCCAUGUGGAAAUCCCUGAUUAGGAACAGAUGUUGUCAGAAACAUUGAAGUUGUUUUCUACUGGACAGACAGCUGUUCUAGAAAAGCAGCAGAAGAUCUGGUACACACCCUAAAAUCUGAAAAACCCCACAGAAACCCCUCUGAGCUGUAAACAAGGAUUGAGAAGAGGAGAACCACAGCUUGAGCAGGGAUGCCUCAAAAGACGGGUCUUCAACCAGAUGACCCCGCAGGGCUCGGUUUGGUGCCCCCCAUACCUGCAGCAUCCACUUCAGACCUGGAACAGGCACAAGACGGCAAAGAUCCCAUGUUACCUGCAGAUGUCCAGCAGCUAUCGGUGAUUAUAGAAGAGCUUCCCAGUGAAUGGAGCCCCAGUCAAGACCAGCAGGACCCAGAGCACCGCCACAUAAAGGAAGAAGAGGAGGAACACUGGAUAAGUCAGGGGGAAGAACAGCAUAAUGGGCAAGAGGAGAGUGAUAUCACCAGGUUCUCCUUCACUCUCGUUACUGUGAAGGGUGAAGAUGAUGAAGAGAAACCUCAGUCCUCACAGCUUCAAAUCAAAACUGAAGACAACGAAGAGUCAGAACUUCCAACCUGCAGCUUAGCUCAUCAUAUUAAAACAGAAACAGAUGAAGAGGACUGUAGCGGACCAGAAACGGCCAGUAACACAGAUCCACACAGUUAUUCACCAGAAAAUACUGAUGAAAACGCUUCUGACCAUUUUAUGACUGAAGAAAACGAUGAUUCUUACAUGCAGAAAUCUACAGAUUCAGAAAGUGAAACAGAAGAUGGGGCACCCGAGUCAGAUCUAAAUCAUGAUCUAGUUUGUAAUAGUACCAACGCUGCCAAAGAAUCCUUCAGCUGCUCUGAGUGUGAGAAACAGUUUCUCCACAAGCAGUCUCUGAAGAGGCACAUGCAGGUUCACACAGUAGAGAAGUCUUUCCUCUGUGAUGACUGUGGAAAACGAUUCUACGACAAGACCUGUCUGAAAGAACACAUGAGAGUUCACACCGGAGAGAAAGACUUUUCCUGCGACGUUUGCAGUAAAAAAUUUAGUCGAAAACAAAACCUCAAAGUACACAUGAGAGACCACACAGGAGAGAAGCCCUUUGUCUGUGACGACUGUGGAAAAACAUUUAACCGAAAUGCAAAUCUUAAGACGCACAUGAGAGUCCACACAGGAGAGAAACCUUUUGCCUGCAAGGUGUGUGGAAAAAGAUACAUCCAAAAGGCUUAUCUUAAGAUCCACAUGAGGUUCCACACCGGAGAAAAACCCUUUGCUUGUGAGGACUGUGGUAAAAGAUUUUACCAAAAGGCCAAUGUUACGGAGCACAUGAAAAUUCACACGGGGGAAAAACCUUUUUCUUGUGUUGUUUGUGGUAAAAAAUACAGCUUGAAAAAAGAGCUUAAAGUUCACAUGAGACUCCACACAGGAGAGCGGCCCUUUUCCUGCGAUUACUGUAAUAAAAGAUUUACACAAAAGAAAAAUCUUAAAACGCACAUCCGAAUCCACACAGGAGAGAAGCCCUUUGGCUGUGAUUAUUGCGGCAGGCGAUUUAACCAAAACACAAGUCUUAAGGCUCAUGUGAGAGUCCACACGGGAGAGAAGCCCUUUGUUUGCAGUGAAUGUGGACUAAGAUUUAACCACAAUUCAUCUCUGAAGACACACAUGAUGUUCCACACCGGAGAAAGAUCCUUCACCUGUGAUGAUUGUGGGAAAAAUUUUUACCAAAAGAUCCAUCUUAAAACACACAGAAGAGUCCACACAGGAGAGAAACCGUUUGUCUGUGAUGUUUGUGGAAUAAGAUGUAGCCUUAAAACAGAUCUACAGGCGCACAUGAGAAUCCACACAGGAGAAAAACCUUUUGGCUGUGAUGUUUGUGGAAAGAGAUUUACCCAAAACACAAGUCUCAAGACUCACAUGAAAGUCCACACAGGAGAAAAACCGUUUACCUGUGAAGUCUGUGGCACGCAGUGUAUACGUAAGAAAGACCUUGAAGUGCACAUGAGGAUCCACACGGGGGAGAAACCCUAUAGCUGCGAGGUGUGUAGUAAGAAGUUCUGCCGAGUGACAGAUUUUCGGACGCACAUGAGAGUGCAUUCGGGAGAGAAACCGUUUAGUUGUGGCGAUUGCAGUAAGAGAUUUAGCCAGUACACAUCUCUUAGAAAACACAGAAGAGUUCACACCGGAGAGAAGCCAUUUCUUUGUAAUACUUGUGGCAAACGAUUUAAUCGGAGCACAAAUCUUAAUACUCACAUGAGAAUCCACACCGGGGAGAAGCCCUUUAGCUGCCAUGUUUGCAGUCAAACGUUUACUCAAAGCACGUGUCUUAGAACGCACAUGAGAGUGCACACGGGAGAGAAACCGUUUGGCUGCGACGUCUGUGAAAAAAGGUUUAGCCAGAGCACUCGUCUUAAAACACACAUGAGAGUCCACACGGGAGAAAAGCCGUUUGGCUGUGACGUCUGUGGAAGAAGGUUUAGCCAGAGCACAUGUCUUAAGAAACACAUGAGAGUCCACACGAAAGAGAAACUUUUUGGCUGUGAUGUUUGUGGUAAAAGAUUUAGUGCACAAAGCAGUCUUUCUAAACACUUUAUGGUCCACACAGGAGAGAGUUCAGUUCUAGUGAAUGAAGUAAAAGAUUUAACUGACCAAAAACAUUCCUCUAAACACUAAAUUCUUUAACAAAAGACUUGUUAGCUGGGUAAAAUGAAGCAUCAGUUUAUCUGUCCAGCAUGUAAACUGGCUACUUGAGCUUAUUUGCGGUCCAUUGAUGGCAGUUCAGAUCAAAUUUAUCCUUUUUACCCUCAUCUCGGUAAACAAAUGGUCCUGAAAUACAGGAUGCAUCACAUGAUCCGUGUCAGUACAUUGCAGUUUAAAGGCUCUCAAUGAUUACUGCAAAUAAAAGAGAUUUUCACAUUUUGUGUCUUUCAGCUGCUUUAGAUUAACCAACACUCAUAAGUCUAUUUGUCUGCAGAGAGACGAUAUAUUUAAUUUGCCAAUAGAUCCCUGUUAAUGCUACAAACUGGACUUUUAAAAUGCUAAUAUUUCACAUGUACCUAAUUUUGACUUCAGCCUCUAUGUUAGUGAGAUCUAUGCACUCAGCUUUAUCUGGUAGGUUUGAGGCUUGAGACUUAAAAUGUCUUGAAUUGGGGGGAAAAAAGAGGUAAGAAGCAGCUUUGCUCUGUAAGAACUUAAUGCUGUUAAGCUGCGUUUCAAGUGUUUAUUUUGACAUGGCCUCUAUGGAGCUCGGAUCGGGACAUACAUUCUGUAACUUGUACACGUUUUGUAACUAGUAUCUCCAUAUUUGUAAGUGUAACAAGUAGUUGUACAAAUUAAAUCUACAAAUACGGAUUAAUUUUACAAUUCAGGAAAUACACUAAAGUUUUCUGUCUGUGUGUCACGUAGUUUACACACCCACCAGAGAAGCAGUCAGAUUUCUCUGAUUCCUGACUGGUCACAGAGAGGAGGGCUUCUUCCUACAACCACAUUUUAACACAUUUUUUUUUUUACCAUUUCGACCAUCAAAGACGCAGUAACUGGGUACAUAAAGGUUUCUUCCUGGAGAUGGGAAAACAUGUUUCCCAACUCUACCAGUAAGUUCCAGUAAGGGUUCUUAAAUGUUUUUUUUUAUCCAUAAUGCAUGUUUUCUCCUUUCUCUCAUGAGCGUGUUGAGCUAUUCUAGGAAGCAGACAUGGAACUUAGAAUAUGGUCACCUCUCAUCUGCGUCACUUUGUAGUUUAUUAGGAGGAAUGUGGUUGUUGGGUCACUGUUAUUUGUACUCACUCUGUUCACCAGCUGACACUAUUUACUGAAGCCACCGUGAAAGGUUUUAACACACUUUGGUCGAACUGCAGCAGCUCCGUUCUCUUCCAUUAAUUUUCACCUCUAUUCCAGCAGAUCAUUUUUAGAAAUGUGGAGGGACUCAUGACGUACACUUUCUUACUUAAAUCCUCUUACAAGGAACUUCUUUAACAUGGCCUCUGGAAGAGAGAUGCUCCAGAACUAAAAUCAGAGUAUACUUUCGGGUCCAGUUGGAACAAUGUCAUGCUAUCCUCUCAUAAACUGGAUCACCAGCUAAUUUACUUGAACCAUGUACAUGGAGCUUGUAUAUACCCCCCCAGAAUGCUACACAGUGUAGGACUCCUCACCCACCCCCACCGCUCGAGUUUGCCUGGUUGUGCCUAUUUUUUGUGCUUCACUGUAUGUUGUUUUUGUAAUUUAUAAAAUGAAAAUAAAAACAUUAGAAAAAAUAUACACACUGACACGUUUGUGCUAUGUUGUCAUGUGACUAUCAGGUUAUUUGGAUCGUUUUGCUGCAUUGUCAUUUUAUGGGUACUCUUGUAACCUCGUAUAAAAACAUUAUCAUUAUCCCUUCUUGUCAGACACUUAUUUAAGGCAAAUUAUAGUAUUAAUU